AUGAAACGUUCCAUGAGCAAACGUGGAACAUUUGGAAAAUAUUGUCAAUAUAAAUUAACGCAUGAGAAAAAAUAUUUUAGUGAAACUGUUGACGCCCAGUUCCAACAGAGGGAAGAAACUGACUCAUGGAAUACUCAGCGAUACGGAAAAAUUCUUUGUUAUGAGACGUUACCUUGUGACGCGGGUGAUCUUUGUCUUGAUUGGCGUGAGAUCUGUGAUGGUGUUCAGAGAUGCGCGAGCGGCAUAGAUGAAGAAAACUGGGAUAAAUUAGAGUUUAAUGAAUGCGAAAAUGAUCAAUUUCGCUGUACAAAUGGUAUGUGCAUUCCAGAGGAAUUUUGGCUUGAUGGGGAAAUUGAUUGUAUGGAUUGGAGUGACGAGCUUAACUCUGCAUUUAAAGAACAAUGUUCUUUCGAACCUAAUGCCAUGAAUUGCGAUGAACGCAUAUGCCCUCCAAAAAUGUUUUCAUGUGGCGAUGGAGACUGUAUUUUGUGGAGAAGUCGAAUGGCAUUUCAAAGAACAAUAACAGUAGAUCGUGACUGUUUCAACAAACGCAAUCUGAAUUAUAUGUGUGAAGUAGGUAAGCAUAAAAAUUCGUGGACGCUUGCAAAUGGACUAUGCUGGCCGGACAAAGACUAUGAAGAUCCACAGUAUCUCUCAACGGAUAUGAUAGAAUCUGCGAAUUUAACUGACGAGAAACAAUGCGAAUAUUUAGUUCGAUGUCUUUUAUCAGAUGGUCUUGAACGCAAUUGUCCAUGUAAUAGCAGGGAAGAUGAAGUACGAUAUAGUACGAACACGUAUUGUGCCGAAAAUGUUGGUCGACAUCGUUUUCAAUGUUUUAAUAGUCAACAUAAAUGUCUUUCUGUGCACUCGUUAGGUUCAGGAACCGCUGAAUGUUCCAAUAAAUAUGACGAAAUGUGGUAUGGUACUGGUAACUCUCUUGAAGAAAGUAAAUGCCAAAAACAUGAUCAUACUGAUUGCGAACGUUUGAAACAAUACAUCAAAGAAUCAUCUAUUAAAAAUUUUACUCAAAAUAUUUCUAUCGUUAGCGAACAUCAAGUCACUAGUAUUCGACAGAUACCAUUUCAAUCAUAUUGUGAUAGUUUCUGGGAUUCGUAUGAUUAUACCGAUGAAUCACCCUCCUUAUGUAAAGAUUGGUUAUGUAAAAAUAACCAGUAUCAAUGCAGAACAGGACAAUGCAUUGAGCUCAAUUGGGUAUGUGACGGUGAGUGGGAUUGUGCCGAUGCUUCUGAUGAGGAGGCCAUCGUUCUCAUUAAAGAAUGGUCACUUCAUAACAGUCGUCUUGCUAAUUUAAACAAGUACCGUCAAAACUGUACAGAAAGAUAUUCAAAAGCUCCGUUUUCCAACGAAUGCAAUACAUCGUAUGAGUUCGGUUGUUAUCCAUCUGGAGCAUGGCAUCUAUCGGAUAUUAAAACCUAUCGUCCCUGUGUGAAUCUUACUCAAGUAGGCGAUGGGAUUCAAGAUUGUCACAACGCAUAUGAUGAGAAAAAUACAUUUCCAUCGCAUUUUCAUCCGCUAGAUAUGUGGGGUUAUAACUUUCGUUGUCGCCACUAUAUUGCUCAGUACAAAUAUACUUGCUAUACUGCGAGGGAUGAUCGAAUCACUAUCAUCGCGCAAGUUGAUUGGGAAACCUUUCCAAACAUUUUACGUAAUCACACAAUAAGAAUCAAGACAAAUUUUCUUUUCGGUGAUAUGAUUAUCGACUCUUAUGGUUUUGAAGUUAUUGCAAUGAACAAAUAUAUGAUGGAUAGAAAACAUAAAUUUUAUUUACUCUAUUCACGUUCUUUUGAGAUGCUUGAACAUAAACGACAGCGAUAUUUCAAUCAAAGUGAUAUUGAAAAUCGCCAUCCAUAUUCUGUUCAUUUUCACGCCUUUGCAUUUGAAACAAAUCGAACCAUGGUAGAAGUGGGCGUUUGGCGUUAUGUGAUCUUUUUUGAUUAUUUACCAGCUUUUCGCUUAGCAGUAGUAUUGAAAUUUCCAUUUUGGUUAGGCAGUUCGGAACUUGAUCCUUGUUCAGAAAAAAGAUGCAGUCACAACUCGACCUGUAUACCAGUGCUAAACCAAAAUCGGUCAUGCUAUUGCGCAUGUAAGAGUGGUUACUAUGGAAAUGAUUGUUCUCUUCAUGAACCACGUUGUGCGACUUACUGUUUACCGAAUGCAUUUUGUCAACCGACUUAUGAUAAUACUGUAAAAAAUAACUUGAGCAUUGAUUGUAUCUGCCCUCCAGCUCAUUUUGGACCGCGUUGUUAUCUAAAAAACGACGGGUGUGAAUCAAAUCCAUGUUCGAAUAAUGGUACAUGCUCUUCGAUUCAUUACCAAAGCGCAGAGUCAUCCUACGUAUGCAGUUGUACAGACCGAUUUUAUGGUGAACACUGCAACGAAGAGAAAGCAUCGGUUUAUAUUAAUUUAAAUACGACAGAAAUGAAAUCUAUUCGCGCUGCUGUUAUUCAAUUGUACGACGUUGAGAUUUCAUCACUAAGGCUUAUCAUUCAACAUCAAAAAGCCUAUCGCGAUAUCCCUCUGAAGUUUACUUACUUUCACCCGAAUGUAACUGCACCAUACUUUGGACUUCUCAAACUUUACAAAGAUGAUGAAGAUGCACAAUAUUUCAUUCUCUAUGUAUCUCUUCAAACACAAAUUAAAGUAAAUUCUACUCCGAAACAUUGUCCACAUGUUUCAUCGAUAUUUUUUAACGGUAAGAUUUAA